AUGGACACUGCAGAACCUUAUGUCAAUGGGACAAUGACCCCCUCCACGCCACAGCGGUCCGGUCUAGCAUUAACAGAAUACACCGCAAUGCCUACACCACCUUCUGAACGAGCAGAUAUCCCUUCCUACGAUGUCCCACGAGACUUCCUUCUCCCCACCGGCUACCCCGACUACCUCCGCCUGAUCCUCACUUCCCGAGUCUAUGACGUCGUCAGUGAAAGUCCACUUUCCCACGCCGUCAAUCUGUCCAACCGUCUAGAGUGCAAAGUUUUGCUGAAAAGAGAGGAUCUCUUACCGGUCUUCUCCUUCAAAUUGCGAGGGGCAUACAAUAAAAUGGCACAUCUGCCGCCCAAGAUCAGUUGGAAAGGCGUCAUUGCUUGCUCGGCGGGCAAUCACGCUCAAGGCGUAGCUUACUCGGCGCGACAUCUCAAGAUCCCGGCUACCAUCGUCAUGCCCUCAGGGACGCCAGCUAUCAAGCACAUGAACGUCAGCCGAAUGGGCGGGAAUGUCGUGCUGCAUGGACCGGACUUUGACUCGGCCAAGGAACACUGUCACGCUCUGGAGAAGCAGUAUGGGUUGACGAACAUUCCGCCCUUUGACGAUCCAUAUGUCAUUGCUGGACAGGGCACGAUCGGGAUGGAGCUGUUGAGGCAGACUUCGUUGCAGAAGUUAGAGGCGAUCUUCUGCUGCGUCGGUGGAGGCGGGCUGAUUGCGGGCAUCGGGGUCUACGUGAAAAGAAUAGCGCCGCAGGUCAAAAUCGUCGGCGUUGAGGCGUCAGAUGCGAAUGCGUUGGUGGAGUCAUUAAAAGUUGGCAAGAGAGUGCUGCUGGGAGAAGUUGGUCUGUUUGCGGAUGGGGCGGCCGUCAAAUCGGUGGGAGAAGAGACGUUUCGACUCUGUCAGGAGGUAGUGGAUGAGGUGAUCGAAGUCAGUACAGACGAGAUCUGUGCUGCGAUUAAGGACGUCUUUGAGGAUACUAGGUCCGUCCUGGAACCAGCCGGAGCUUUGUCUCUGGCAGGAUUGAAGAAAUGGGUGGCGCAGAAUCCAUCCGUGGAUCCCACCAGAGAACUGGUGGCUGUUGCAAGUGGCGCUAAUAUGAAUUUUGACCGAUUACGGUUCGUGGCCGAACGUGCUUCACUUGGUGAGCAGAAAGAAGCUUUGCUGACGGUCACAAUACCUGAACGGCCGGGGUCAUUUGCUCAAUUGGUCGAAGCAGUCCUCCCUGGAGCAGUCACCGAGUUCGGCUAUCGCUAUGCGAGUCAGGACCACGCACAUGUCUUGAUGGGCAUUUCAGUAUCCUCUGCGGGCGCAAGAACUAAAGAAUUAGACUCGCUCUUCUCCCGCCUCGCUGCCGAAGGCAUGACUGCCAAAGACAUCUCGGACGAUGAACUGGCCAAAACCCAUAUUCGAUACUUGGUUGGUGGACGUUCCGGCAUCCAAGACGAGAGGAUAUAUAUGUUCGAAUUCCCCGAGCGGCCAGGGGCGUUGUUCAAGUUCCUUCAGACCCUACGACCCGGCCAGAACAUCACUUUGUUUCAUUACCGUAACUAUGGCGGUGACUUGGGCAGGAUCUUGGCUGGUAUUCAAUGCCCUGACUCUGAGCGAGAUCAACUAGAGGGAUUCCUUGGGGAUAUUGGGUAUCCGUUCAAAGAGUGCUCGGAUAGUCCUACCUACAAGAUGUUUUUGCGAGACUAG